GUGGAUUCACGGUUAUCAUGGAACUUGGAAGGACAACCUUAGACAUCCUAGACAACCUAAACUUGGACCUGAACCUCGUCCUUCCCUCGUUUAGAUCUUCCCCCCCCUCCCGACUGCCCAAUCGCUUACCCGUGCUUUGUUUUUUGCUUGUCUCAUCACUCCAACUACUUAAAAAUCGCGAAAACGGUCCCAUGACCAAUUUUUGCUUGCCAUGAUCCACGUUUACUCGUCCUCAGCUUGACUCACUUCCGACAAAUCCAAGCAAAUCCAAGCAAAUCUAGUAAAUCCUCUUCCGUCACACCGCUGCUCUCUUGCGGUACCCGCGCAGCUUGCCCACGGCCCACGACGCACGACGCACCACAUCCCGCCCUGUCAGCUUCUGACUUCCCCGCCAUUGAACCAUUGUCUAUUGCCCGGAUAUCCAAUACUCAUUACCUAUUACCCAUAGUCCAUAGCCCCUUUCUAAAUUCCCAUAGGAACAGGCAAGCCUAGCCAUCAAAGGGGGGAAAUCCUUUCCUUCCCCAGUCCCCCACGCCAGACAAUGGGAAACAACCCUUCCUCAACGUCGAAGCCGGCUACCCCCACUACUGCCUCGUCUUCGUCCCAGGAAUCUCCGCGAGCUUCUAAGAACCAGCCCAAGAACCUGGUAUCCAUCCAUAACCAGAACAUUAGGUCACCAGCCUCUCCCGAAGCCUCGACCAUCCAGGCAACCGGUACUUCGAUACUUAACAAGAAUUCGAGACCGCUCUCCAUACUUAACUCGUCCUCACCUUCAGCUAGCUCUUACCACUCCACCAAUGUUCCUAAGGUUCCCGAGCAGAAGCCGAAGCCUGCCGAAAUUAAAGAUGAACACUCCAAGCCUGUAGCCGUUCCCUUCUCCUCUUCCCAUUCGGAACAGGUCUCAUCUUAUAUCCACGAUUUCCAUGACGAGGACAGCCUAAUAUCAGGCCCCGCCUCCAGCAGCAUCCAGGAUAUGUCCUAUCCACACCCUCGGCCGCCGCGGCUCCCGCUCCCGAUAGAGGAAGAGAUCCAUACUCCCGGGUCGCCGAUCAUCGCACCAAGCGAUGCUGACGUUAAGGGCGUUGACGACGUCGCAUCCCUCGAUGACUCGGCUAGUCUAACUCGUCGUACAUCAGGACUUAGCAAUGCGACUGACGAGGAUGACACCGAAGAACUUCGGGUCGACAAGACGAGACCUACGAUACCAACCCGGAUUGAGUGGUCGCGGGGCGGUCAGAAGGUCUAUAUUACAGGAACGCCAUUUCAAUGGAGUAGGAAACAGCGAUUGGUUCCAUCUAAGGAUAAGGAGAACGUGCUAGAGACGGUAAUACCCGUUUUUCCAGGCACGCAUCAUAUAAAAUUCUUAGUCGAUGGCAAUAUGCAGACGUCGCCAGACCUGCCUACUACUGUCGAUUUUGGAAACAAUCUGGUAAACUAUAUUGAAGUAAGCGGAGAAGAUACCGACUCGCGGAACGUCCCCUUAGAUGUCGGUGUUCCUAAAUCGAACGAGGCUGCUCUAUCUCUUCCUUCAAGGCAGCCUUCGCACGACGACUCUGCUAGGGGCCCCCAGCAGAAGGUUAUAGAUCCGGUUGAGAAUUUCUCGGGCAAGAUCCCCCAAUAUCUAGACGAUUUUGACCAGCCCGAGGAUUCUUCAUCGUAUAAGCUUUCUUCUUUAGCCCUCGAACGACUCCCACCGCCGCCCAGCCUACCUGGUUUCUUGAGUAAGCCAAUCAUGAACAAUGUCACAUUGAUCAAGGAUGACAACAGCGUCCUGAACAUGCCAAACCACACUAUGCUUAAUCACCUGGCUACUUGUAGUAUUAAGAACAAUGUCCUUGCCGUAUCGGCCACUACCAGGUACCAGAAUAAGUAUGUGACUACAAUUAUUUACAAGGCUACAAAGAACGAAUAGUUUUUUUUUUUUUUUUU